UAUCUUUUUCAUUUGAGACAUUUUCCUCAGUUUUCUGCAUGAGGUCUGUCUCCAUAUUGCGCAAUAUAUUUAUCAGCGUUUGCUCAUUCCGAGUGCUUGCAGACAAUUUCCACAUCAACUUAUUGCAUUUACACUGUAAAUUGUUCUCUUUCAUUACUGUUGGAGAUCAGUUACAUACUAAUACGUUGAGUCAUUUGUUCAGUUUGACCUCUUACAUCUUAAAUUACAGUACAACUUGACAUCCAUCAUGGACACACUCCAAAAAUCUGUCCUGUACGUAUAGACGGAAACCCACUGCAGACAGUUUUUUUGAAGAGCACAUGUAAGGUAAGAAGGGUUCUUCUGCUCCUCAAAGCCAAAAUGGUCAAGUAUGAAGUGAUUGUGACCACUGCAAACCUUGCUCAGGCCACCACUACAAACAAUGUCUUCAUUAAGCUGGUGGGCACAGAUGGGGAGAGUAAACGUACAUGGCUCACAAGCAUUAAAGGGACAGCCACCUUUUACCUGGGAGCAGAGUCUAACUUUUCGGUGUCCUGCCCCACCUCUCUUGGAAAGCUGGUGCUGAUUGAGGUGGACAAAAAGCCUCUCCCACUGUUCCCUGAAGACUCCUGGUUUCCCUGCAAGGUGAAAGUGAAGUCCCCAGAGGGAGACAUCUACAACUUUCCCAUCUACCGCUGGAUUGCUGACAAUGAGGUUCACCUGUUCAGAGAAGGAACAGCUCUAAGAAUCUUUGAUGACAAUCAUCAUCUUGGCAAGUACAGUAUAGAGAAGGAGCUGAAGCAGAGAGAGCAACUGUAUAGCUGGGAUGUUUAUGAAGAGGGACUACCUCACUGCAUUAAAGCAGACAACCCUCUUUCUCUGCCUUGUGAAGUCCGCUUCUCCUUCACCAAGACUACAGAGUUUCUCUACACUGCAUCAACUGGGCUGACAGAGCUGAAACUGAAGGGGCUCUCUGAUUGCAAGAACAAAACUUCUACUACAGAGAUGACGGAGUCAAGCUUUGGGAUAUCACCCACAGGUUUGUGAAGGGAGUGCUUGGCCACUACUACAAGACUGAUGCUGAGGUUUGCCAAGACUCUGAGCUACAGAAAUGGAUUCAAGACAUUUUUGAACAUGGAUUCCUCUCCCAGGCAUGCACAGGAAUCCCUCAAACCUUUCGCACCGUGGCUGAGAUGGUCAAGUUUGUCACCAUGGUGAUUUUCACUUGCUCAGGCCAGCACUCGGCUGUCAACUCUGGACAGUAUGACUAUGGUGGCUGGAUGCCCAACACUCCCAUCUCCCUUCAGCGUCCUCCACCAACCACAAAGGGGACAACAAGCGAGGCCACAAUGCUGCAGACAUUGCCUGACAUCAACACAACAGUGCAGGGCAUGUCCACCAUGUGGCUUCUCAGCAAGCAGUCCUCCGACUUCGUCCCGCUCGGCCAGUAUCCAGAAGAGCAUUUCUUUGAGGAGGUUCCCUGCAAGAUGAUAAAGCACUAUCAAGGAGAACUGGACAUUUUAAGUACAGUGAUCAAAACCAGAAACAAGAGUCUGGAAGUCCCAUACACAUACAUGGACCCUGCUUUGGUGGAAAAUAGUGUGGCUAUUUGAAUAUUGCAGUGAAUGAAGGUUUGACCUCAUUCAUGACUCAGACUAUGGACAGUUUGCUGAUUAAUCAUCUCUUUCCUCCCACAGGGUUGGUGUCCUCAUGAGGAAAACUUAAUUAGCCUAAUUAGUCUUUCAACUUUCCAGUGAUGACUUUUCAUAUUGUCCUUAUACCGUAAUUGUCUAAAGCUCAUUUUAAACCCUCUCAUGGCAACUUUGCCAGUGGGCAAACUCAAUACAUUUUAAACAUUUGUAUGCAAAACACAACACUGCUUAACACUGCUGUGUUAGCAGUGAGUAAAUGUAACAAUCCAAGCAUUUUAGCAACAGUUCUGCUUGCUCAGUCUAGGCUUUUGUUAUAUUUUUGCCUCAAACUGAUCAGUAUAUAUUCCAUUGUCUCAUUUAAUUUUCUUUCCAUAAGAUUCUGAUGUCAAGCAUUUAUGUAUCUACACCUGCACUAUCAUACAAUGUAACUUUACCAAUAAUAAAACCAUAUUCAAACAGCA